GCCACCCAAGGAUGUCAAUAUUAGUUUUGUUUGGAAGUGCAGGCAUGGCCUAUUAUGCAGUUGCCCAAGUGUUUUUAGUUCUGGUUCUACUUUUCUGCUCUGCGUCUGCUAAUGCCAAUUUCUCCACUGAUUUUGAUAUUACUUGGGGAGGUUAUGAACAUGCCAACAUACUUGAGAAUGGAAGAAGUUUGAACCUUCUCCUUGACAACACGUCUGGUGCUGGUUGUCAAUCCAAGAAAGAGUAUCUCUUUGGAAAAAUUGAUAUGCAAAUCAAACUGGUUCCUGGAAACUCUGCAGGCACUGUUACUGCUUAUUAUCUUUCUUCACAAGGUCCUAACCAUGAUGAGAUAGACUUUGAAUUUCUGGGGAAUGUGUCUGGAGAUCCUUAUAUUGUACACACCAAUGUCUUCACACAAGGCCAAGGAAAUCGUGAGCAACAAUUCUAUCUCUGGUUCGAUCCUACAAAAGACUUCCACACCUACUCUAUACUUUGGAGUCCACAACAAAUUGUAUUCUUAGUAGAUGGAAGUCCAAUUAGAGUGUUCCAUAACAAUGAGGAGCUUGGUGUGGCAUAUCCAAACAAACAGGCAAUGAGAAUGUAUUCAAGCCUUUGGAAUGGAGAGGACUGGGCAACCAGAGGAGGGCUUGUGAAAACAGACUGGAAUAGUGCUCCCUUCAUUGCAUGUUUCCGCAAGUUUAAAGUAGAAGCCUGUAAGAUUAAAAAGAAUGCCUCCCCACCAUCUUGUAGUGUUGCUUCUGAACACAAAUGGUGGAACCAAGACACCCAACAAGAAAGGCUGAAAUGGGUGCAACAGAAUUAUAUGAUUUACAAUUACUGUGCUGAUACUAGAAGAUUUCCUCUGGGUCUUCCCCCUGAGUGCAAUGCACCCUAAAACCUACGUGGGCUUGCAGUUGUUUUCAUAUUCUUAGUUUA